UUCCAAAAGAAGCCGAAUAAUAUGAAUUCGUUUGCAAUUAUUCAAUUUACCAGCAAUGUCACUUGAUAUCAGAGUAAAAAGAGUUUAAUCAGUUCAUCUUUUCGAUUUAAUAUCACGUGUUAGAGAAAAAAAAAUCUAUUAUGAUAAAAGCAAUGUAAAUAGAGUGACACAUAUUUGCUUCCCUUUCAUUUUAGAUUAAAUGAUUUAUUUGUCCAGUGUGCGUCUUUGCAUGUACUGUUAAUGUUUUUAACAGUUUAAACACAAUAGUUGUCCUUAUAUUAUAUAAGGACUCCUGUCAAGGAUAGUGGUAACACAUGAUUUAUUGGAUUUAUCUCUUACCUUCGAAAUCUAAAAGGGCAAGAGAUAAAUACAUGUACAUCGUUUUUGAGUAUUUGACUGCAUUACAAAAAUGUAAAUACGUAUUUAUUUACAAUACAUUUGGUAAAAAAAUUUAAUACUCUUUGGGUACACCUUGUUUAUAAUAGUACAUAUAUAUAUAGAUAAUACAUGGUGCAUAGAUGUAACACAAUCAAUGGUGUGUUAAAUUUAAGAAUGUUGUCAAACAUAUGCACCGAUAUAUAACAUGCAUUUAAUUUGCUUGCUUUGCAUUGUGUACACAUGCUUACGUAAAUUGUAAAUACACUGUAUUGUAUUGUGCAUUUGUAGUCAUGGUGUGUCUGAAUAGCCACUAAUCCCUUGAAUAACCACUAAUCCUUCGUCUUCAUUGCACCUUGAUAAUGGACAGCAGUUAAUUAUAGUAUACUUCCCAAAGUAGAAACGUUUGUAAAUGUUAUGUCUAUGACCAUGGUAGACUAAGCCAAUAAUUAAACUCCUUAUAAAGGACCCUGUGGAUGCUUCCGUUCCGGUUUUUGUAGAAAAGUUUUCCGCUUCUACUCCAUACUGAUUCUACAGUGUCUUUUUUCUUCAAGCGGAAUGAGUUGAAAACUGUUUGGUUCAACUGUGUUAGGUGUUCGCUUGCAUAAAUUUUAACUUGUUUGAGUUGCUUGCUCAUUUUAAGAAUUUGUAUUUUCUUAGAUCUAGAAAUGAAUUUUAUAACAGCUGGUCUGCUUACAACCGUAAUCUUGUAUCUUUUAUCGGUUGUAUAUAACUGAUUAUCUCCCACCAACCACAUCAUCGUCGUAUAUCAUUUUAUAAAGAUAUUUCUUGUUUACAAGAACUUUCCAAGAAGCAUGCAUUGAAACAUGAUCCUGAUACGCGAUUACAAUUCUCGGCAAUUUCUGAUAAGCCCAGCGGAUAUUAUGAUGCAGUCUAAACUGAACACGAACCCGAAGAAAAUAUUCUGAUUAGAGAUUCUUAAGAGAAGUGAAUGUAUUAGACAUGUCGAUUUACUUUCUCGUUUUGAUAAUUGGAAGUUUGUCUGUUAAAGCGACUGCAAAGGUUCUGGUUAAGACCCAUCAAGGUCAAACGAGGCAACCACAGUCAUGUCAAUCAAUUGCAAAUGGAAGGAUUAUAGACGAUACGGUGGUAUGUAAUGACGGCUUCAGUCUGCAUGUAGAGAGGCGACAAUGCACAUGCAACCGUGUUGACGGAUCUUUGAAAUGUAAUGAUGUCACAAUGGCUUGCAAACAAGAGCAAAAUAAAUGCGUUGUUCCGGAAAGCCCGGGCUACACAUACAUGUCUCUUGACGGAGGUCGCGAGUUACGGAAGGGUGCGACUGUACCCAGUGGUACAAGGAUCCGUGUGGUUUGUCAGAGCAGAGGGAACGCAGUUAAUGGCGAUAUAUUGGCUGAGGUAGAUGGACAAGAUGACGUCAUUCAAUGCGUUGAUGGAGUGUUCGCAGACCACAAUCUGAAGUGUGGUAAAGAUGGAUGUCAAGUGCCUUCGGUGUUUCAUCCCCAACUUUCUGUUUACGACAUUUCCUCGCAAAGAAAAUACGUGUCUGGCAGCUCACUUUACAUAAGACAAAAUGACAGUCUUGUUUUCAAUUGUGAAUCAUUCGGAGAUACCGUCUAUGAACCUCAUCGGCGAUUGUUCGCCUGUGACCACGGCUCCUGGGUCGUUCAACAAAGGCCAACUGAUGAGCCAUGGAGCUUUGAAAACAACGGGUCCUUCCCCAUAUGUCGUCAAGUUAAUUGCCCAAGCGGUCAUUGCAAAUUUGGUGGACACUGUAACCGGGAUUUUGAAUGCGAAUGCCCAGCACAAACUGUUGGAAGAAAUUGCGAGAAACCAAUGUGCCUGCAAAAAUGUGAGAACGGUGGCCUCUGUGUGGCACCUAAUACAUGCCAAUGUUCUGAUGGAUUUCAAGGACGAAACUGCGAACAAGCGACAGCCACGAAACAAUGCACUUCAAUAGCUAAUGGGAAGAUAACAGACCGCGGGAGGUCCGUUGAAUGUGACAGCAACUACAGUCUAGUGUUCAUCAGUGGAAUGGACGCCAGUUUGUACAUGAGAUACUCGUGCACGUGUGACAAAACGUCCGGUACCUUCAGUUGUUUGGGUUCCAAUGUGGCGUGCAAACCAAAUGGAUGCCCAAUACCUUCAUACUUACAACAAGGGUUCACUUUAUAUGACUACACGUCACGUCAAUACAUCUCUUGGGCAAACCGUUAUGAAAUUCCGAGCGGAGAUGUGUUAAAUUUCAACUGUGAACCAUCUAAUGACGUAUACUACGAGCCACGUCAGCGAAUGUUUGCCUGUGACAAAGGCUUCUGGGUUGGAAAACAAAAGUCCGGUGAGGAAUCAUGGAGUUUCGAAAAUAACGGGACCUUCCCUGCAUGUCGACCAGUCAUAUGCCCCGGAAAUUACUGCAUGUUUGGCGGUCACUGCAUUAGAGAUUUCCAGUGCCAAUGCCCACAACACACAACCGGUCAACAUUGUGAACAGGCUCUGUGCGGCGAUGGCUGUUUGCAUGGGGGAAGCUGCUCCGCGCCGAACAAGUGUACAUGCCCAGAUGGAUAUGAGGGGCCCCAUUGCCAGCAAGCGUCGUGUCGAGGCGGUUGUUUGCAUGGAGGAAGCUGUAUCGCACCAGACACGUGUCGAUGCCCGAAUGGAUAUGAAGGGACAAGUUGCCAGCAAGCGGUGUGUCGUGGUGGUUGUUUGCACGGAGGAAGCUGUAUUGCACCAGACACGUGUAAAUGCCCAUAUGGAUAUGCUGGGACACGUUGCCAGCAAGUGAUCGACUCUUGUACAAUCGCAAAUGGGAAGAUCACAGACCGUGGGAAGUCCGUUGAAUGUGACACCAACCACACUCUGGUGUUCAGCAAUGAAAUGGACUCUAGUUUGUACUCGAGAUACUCGUGCAAGUGUGCCACAACUUCCGGUACCUUCAGUUGUUUGGGUUCCAGUGUGGCGUGCAAACCAAAUGCAUGUCAUUUACCGUCCACAAUUGAACAAGGAAUGACUAUAUUAGAUCUUCCCAACCGCCGAACCAUUACUGGUUCAACCCAUUCGGAAAUCAAACACGGACAGUCUCUUAUGUUCCAUUGUCAACCAAACGGAGCCAACUUUAACGAGCCACACCAACGUGUGUUUCUUUGUGACAAAGGCUCCUGGAUUGCCAGGCAACGAAACGAUGUGGAAAGAUGGAGUCUUGGUAACAACGGUGCCUUUCCAACGUGCCGACCAGUGAAGUGCCCUGCUGGCUAUUGCGAGAAUGGUGGGUACUGCAAGCAAGAUUUCACGUGCGAAUGUCCGGAUGGUACGACUGGAGGACGAUGUGAAGUGAAAGAUGAUUAUUAUUUGUAUGAACAUAAUGAACCUGAUUAUGUGUAUUCACCAUGAGUUCCAUAUUUAACGCGCAACAUGUUACAUAAUAUCGCGUCUUAACAACACGAACGCUGCGUGUAAACUAAGUAUACACAUUUAGUGCGAUAUAUGAAAUGGGUUAACGUGUUUCAAAGUAUAGUUUCUCAAGCGCCCUUACCCUUGCAUUUGUUUUGUGUUAAUUCGUUUUAUCCAUAAUGCGUGUAUUAUAUUUUAUAGGAGUGCAUAUCAUACAACUGCCAUACAACUGCUCUUGCAUGUGAGCAAUGGAUUGCACAAUUUGAUUUUUAAAUUAAAUAUAAACAAUUUGUCCCAUAUGCCAUGUGCAUUUUGUUAUGUCACUACUUGGUAAUCAAUGGCAACAAAGACACAUGGGUGGCGAAUUGACAGAGGAAUUACAAAAACGCUAAUUAAUACCCCUUUAUUAACACUGACAUAAAGUGCAAGAGGUGUCUCCUUUGCGUUCUGCAUUUCGUAGAUUCAUUUCAAACAAAUUAGUAAGUCCAUUUUGACACCGAUGACAGGGAUUUAAAUAUAAAUGGCUUUAAUUCACUUGGUAUUAAAAAUAUCAUAUUAAAUAAAUUGUCAUUAUCCAGAAACAUUUGAUUAUUGAUUUCAAAGUAAAAUUAAAAAACUUAUGUUACACACAUGUAGAUUCAUUGGAAACGAACAUAAAUGUCAUUUCACAGGUUUGCUUAUAAGAUUGUAUAAGUUGUUUAUCCAUGUAAUCUGCUUACAUUGUUCUUUACGUUAAAUAGUCUUAUGACAUAAUGUAUAUAAAUAUGUAUAUUUUGCUGUUUCUGACAUUGUUUACACUUGAUGCACACAUUACCGUGGGCCAGUGAGAGCUUUGCCAUGCUUCUUAAUGUUAACGAAUGUGACAGACACAGACAUAUAGUAACACAGUGCAAAUAUAAUUUGUUUCUAUGACUGAUUCGUAUGAAAGGUUCGCAAGAUUCCGACGGAAUUAUCUAUGAACUACCAGCUGAGGGUUUAUCGAUAUAUAUUCAGUUGUUGAUGAAAAACACACCAGAAAAUAAAGCGCACGGACGAAUUUAGCAGCGAAUAUAUAUAUUCUUUCUAAAAAAUGUGUACGUGUAAAACUAUAUGUUCAUACUAUUGUUUAGUAGUAAUAAAGAUUUUAUCGUU